AUGGCAUGUCUUUGUAUUGUAAAGGAAGAGCCGCUGGCUGUAAAUUUCCACACACUAAAAAGCAGAAAAUGACUUAAGUAGUUAGAGGAGCAGGGGAUCACACAAAAAUAUUUAGAACUCAUGUCAGUCUCACCGGUUUCGAACGACAGAUGUUGUCCCUAGUAGGUUAUCUUUUGAGCAAAGGGCAUUGCUGUGAAAUACAGCCCCUCACGCACUGGUAAGGUCGAGAUGAUGCGGUUGCUUCAUAUUUAGAUCAUGGGUAGUGGAGAAUUAUAGGGCGCAUAUUAGUCACCUAUGCUAUGAUUUCAUAUUCCCACCUAAUUUAGUAACAACAGUUGGUUACUUGGGGGGUGCCUGGGGGGCAAAGGAGAUUUAGGUCAUUAACUGAGGUUCUGGCUAAGGGAGCAGAUGGAGAGGUUUGAAAGAGAGAUGAGGAGUCAGGCUAAAAGAGAGAAGCUCAGCUUUCCCAGAGACCGAGGGCUGCUUCAGGUCUGGAACUGGCUCAUCUCUCAACUUUCCCAGCAAAAUGAUGCUCCAACACCCUGGCCAGGUGUCUGCUUCGGAAGUCAGCGCCACUGCCAUUGUCCCAUGCCUGUCUCCUUCGGUGUCCCUGGGUUUUGAAGACUUCACAAAUCUAACUCCGCUGGUGAAAGAAGAAUUGAGAUUUGCCAUCCAGAACAAGUGCCUGUCGCACAGGAUGUCCUCCACGCUGGACACAGUCAUGGUUUCGGACAGACCUGGGGAAAUGUCUGUUUUGAAAGCAGAGUGUGCACCUGAAGAUGAAAGGAAAAGGCGACGGAGGGAAAGGAACAAGAUUGCAGCAGCCAAGUGUCGAAACAAAAAGAAGGAGAAGACAGAAUGUCUGCAGAAGGAAUCGGAGAAGCUGGAAACCAUCAAUGCAGAACUGAAGGCUCAGAUUGAGGAGCUGAAGAACGAGAAGCAGCAUUUGAUCUACAUGCUUAAUCUGCACAGGCCCACCUGCAUCGUCCGGGCCCAGAACGGGAGGACGCCGGAGGACGAAAGGAACCUCUUCAUUCAGCAGAUAAAAGAAGGAACCUUGCAAGGCUAAGUGACAAUGCUAGGUGCCCUUAGGGCAUGCCUCUGACACCAAAAAAUUACACCCCAGCACAUCACCCCAAGCCAGAAGCCAUAGAGAAGGUAUCUUGGUAUUUGUGGUCUCCCAUUAGUCGAGAGAAGGCAGAGGAGAUGACAUUGCUAAGAAGAAAAGACUUGCGCUAGCUUAGCUGUGAUUCAGGUUUUAGUAUCUGCCAUACUUGCUGUUCCUAGAAUCCGUACAGCUACAGACUUGCUAAACCCCUGAUGGCAUGUGGUACUUGCACUUGAGCAGAACACUAGGACUCGCCGUAAUGCACAUCUUAUGGACAGCCAAGCUGAAUGGACCCUCCCCAUCUGUCCUCGAUUGGGGUAGGAAAUGUUAGAUAGUGUGGGCUGUUCAUUUCGUUUGUUUCUUUUGCUUUGUACUUUCAAAAGAAAGAGGUUGGCAACUUCCAGAAUGCUGCUUUCAAUUCCGAAAGGCAUUGCGAUAUAACGGGAAUUACUGUGUUUCUAUAUCCUAGUGCAAUGUUUUUUAAACCGAGCUUUACGCUCUCUUUGUAUUGUUGUUUUCACGGAAGCCUUUCUGUGGGUUUUUUGAUGACUCACAUUGGGGGUGAUUUGUGGGUGAUAUGACAGGCAUCAGCUUCUGUAAAAAAGAUAGAAAAAAGUCUGAAUGUAUCAAGCUGGAACAUUACCCCUUCCCUUGGCUUGUUUGAAGAAAGGGGAAUUCCCCUUUGAGAAUCCACUUUAUGAGUCACAUCAUGUACAGUAUUCGGAAGGACUUCAUAACAUACAAAACAGUGACACGAUCAACACAGAUGUUAAAUUAAUCCUCCUCUCUUGAUUUGUGGGCCACCACCUCACGAAUCCAGAACUUGCAAAUCUUUCCUGGGCACCACCUUUUUUUUUCAGAGCAAGAAAUUCUGGUGGUUCUCAAGUUGCACAAAGGAAUGAUUGUGGGUGCAUUAACUGCAUGUAUUUGCAAAACUGUCCCAUGACAAUUACAGCUGUGCUAGGAAAAGAGACUUAAAAGUAGCCAAGUAGGUCUGUCAACAGCUGAAUAGCAGGCUUGGAGGUGCAGCUUCCCCUGUCAUGCAGACAGCUUGUGGUUAGAGUGUUGGUCCACAUUGAUACCUGAAGCUUACUGGGUGACCUUGAACCCAUUGCUGUCUCUCAACCCCACAGCACCUUGCAUGGAUAAGAACUUGCACCUAUAUAAGUAUGAUCAUUAAAGUUCUCAAGCAGAGCAAUCCGGUGUUGGAACAGACAAAGCUGCUCUACAGAGUUUCAUAGCUUUGAUUCAUCUUGUCCGAUGCCAUCUCUUCUGACUGGUAGAGCCUCUUCAAAGACCCCAGACUCUGCUACUUGUCAUCCUUGUUUAAGGAUGAGUUGGGUGUGGGACUUGCAUACAUUCAAAGCAUGGCUCUGCAACUUGAGUUGUGGUCCAUCCUUUGUUCCCUGUAAGGCUUUUUGCAUAGAUUACUCAUCUGGUUGUCAUACCAUUUACACAGAAUGGUACUCUGGGUAUCUUGGGUAGAAACCCCAAGUCUAGUGUGAGCAAUGCUCAAGCACCCUGUACUCAUGUUAUUAACUCCCAACAGUGCAGAUCGUUUUGGUAGCUGGGGGAGUUAAUUUCAGGUGCCCCUUCCUAUUCAAUAAGCCAUUUGUCCCCUGUUGGCAUUUCUCACCCCUCCUUCUGUGAGGAUCUCUGGACUCCUCAAUCACCUUUUAUUUAUCACUGAUAUGCCUAAAUAGUGCACAGAUUGUGAGGUAGAUGCUUUAGUUAAACUCUAACUUUUUACUAUAAUAACAAACACCUUACC